AUGUUAAGGCAUGAGGGUCAUAUACGGCAUGAUAGUCCAGGAAUUGUUCAUACUUCAUCACCUUUGAAAAGAGUAGCGUCUUGGAAGAAAUUACUAUAUUUGAAACAAGCAUAUCCUGAUAAUUAUACUGAUAAAUCAUUUUUAUCACAAUUGAAAAGGAAUACAACCGUAGCCAAAUAUUCAUAUAUUAGUUUAAUUGAAGAUUUCUCACUAAUAAUUCUUUAUGUAUCCAGUUUACUUUUGGUUGUUCUUGAAUUUUCCGGGAUAUAUCUUCAUGGUUGGAGUUGUAUUCUUCCCACAUUUAUUACAACAAUAUUAUCAAUAGUUGGAUUUGGUAUAGUACAAUUCUAUGAUAGAUUAAUAUUAUCAUCUGAUUCAGCUUCCAUAACUAGUUAUUUAAAUCUUAAAUCAUUUAUAUUAAUAGUAUUUAUUCUAUUAAUUUUAUCUCCCAUAUUAAAGUCAUUAACUAAAUCUUCAGCAUCUGAUUCAGUAUGGGCAUUAUCAUUUGUAUUAUGCCUAUUUAAUACCAUUCUGCAUGAUUAUUCUAUGAAUUCUUCAUCAACUCAUGGAAAAAAUCUGCAAGUACUAUCAGCCUAUAAACCAACAUUAUCUACUAAUAUUUCCCUUUCAAAUGCCAUUGUAUUGGCUUCAAGAUUAACUUCAACAUCUCAGGUAUUCUUAUUUAUCUUAUUCGCUAUUCAGAUAAAUAUUUUACUUCCAUUAUUUGACUUUAAUGUUAGAAGACUUAAAUUUCGGAUUUUGCAUCUCAUUUUAUUUAUUAGUUUAUUUACUGUUGUAAAUUAUUUGAUAUUUAAAUUAUUGGGCUUUAAAAUACUUAUCUAUUGGAUUAUUUCAGUAGUAUUUAUUGUAUUUGGAAUGCCUUCUUACUUUUUAUUCUUGCAGAGAUAUAAAAAUGAACUACAAGGACCUUGGGAUAUACAUAAACCAAUAAUUAAUAGAAAUUAA